UCCAACCCCUUCCUUGUCUACGGGUCGUAUCAGCUUUUGGCGCGAAAAUUGGAACUUCGACUCCUUUCUUUUUUCCCUCAAUUUGGGGUUUCAUCGAAGACCCUGCCUAUUCAUCUCACAAUCUCCGGCGACGAUGGCUAAUUCCUCCGACCAACUAUAGAAACUCAAAGUCCUUAUUUCCUCGGGCUCGAGAGCUGAUAAAUGCUACGCUUACUCGAGCCUCUUACACUUCCAAGAACAGUCCAGUGACAGCUCCGCUUCAAUUCAAGCCCUUGCUGGAAUUUCUCGGACUCUUUUAUCUUUAAUCGUCGCAGAUAUAUCAGACGAUGACGAAGAGAUUGCAGCACGAGCUUUGAAGUGUUUGGGUUUCAUGAUCUAUCAUCCGUCUCUUGUUGCUGCAGUUGUGGUGGACGAUGCCAUUUUGGUUAUAGAGUCGUUAGUUAAACUCAUUGUAACUACAAAAACGAAGUCAGUAUGUAACUUAGGAGUGUGGUGCAUCUCUAUCCAACAGUUCAGAGCUCCAUUUCUACAUGCCCACUUUGAUUCUCUAUUUCAGGCCGUUGUUCACGCCCUCAACAAUCCUAUUGGUUCUUUAUCAACAACUUUUGAGGCUAUACAGGCUGUGAUGAAGUUAGCAACGCAAUUAAGUGAUAAGAUGAGGGACUCAUCACUUAUAUGGGCUCCUCCAAUAUAUAGAAGACUUCUCAGCUUUGACAAGAGGGAGAGGGAUAUGUCAGAAAGGUGUCUGUCGAAGAUUAAGCCUAUAAUAUUACCUCCUCCUCUAGUUCUCUCCAAGGAACUUGUCAAGGAUAUAAAGGUUCAAACUAUUCACGCAUGGGGAUGGUUUAUUCGCUUACUAGGCUCACAUGCUAUGAAGAACAGACAUUUAAUAAAUGAGAUGCUGAAAAUUCCUGAACAUACAUUUUCAGAUCUUAACCCACAAGUUCUGAUUGCUGCACAGGUUGCUUGGGAAGGUCUUAUUGAUGCUCUUAUUCAUCCUCCAAUGGUAGUCGUGACAGAAAUACAGCCAAGGAGGGGAAUGGUGCGCAACAAGUGCUAA